AUGUCCAUCUACCUGGCCGUACAACACACGGAAGGCCGCCCCAACGGUGUGUCAGACUUAGAGGAAGCAAACGACGUGACAGUGAUAAGCGCCCAGCUAUCUUCUGACGAGCUUGUCAGCAACGAGGACAUUACCACCACGCACAGCAUUAUUGAAGCAGGCCGCCAUGAGAGCGAGCAGAAAGAGAAAGAGAAAACAGAAGUCAAGUACAACAACGCCAAUGGGCAGCUCGUGGUGAGCUUCAACAUAUGGAACAUUCUCAAAAAGGGAGCCAUCAACUUGGUUUUACCGUUUAUAAACGGCAUCAUGCUUGGUUUUGGAGAAAUCUUCGCUCACGAGGUAGGGUUCAAAUAUGGCUUUGUGGGUGCUCGUGUGCAACCACCCAGGCGGCAGGUCCAGGCUCAAGCUCAGACCAAAUCAAGAUUCAUAUAG